GUGGAGAAGCUGAAUGAGCAGCUGUCUGCGAAGGAACAGGAGCUGGAGCAGCUGCGCGGUACUGAUGAUGAGAAGAGUCGGGGCCUUGAUACGUUGAAUGAUGAGGUUGAGAAGCUGAAAAGUCAGCUGGCUGCGAUAGAACAGGAGCUGGAGCAGCAGCAAACCGUCAAUGAUGAAAAAGAACGCGCUCUGGAAGCAUUCAAUGAUGAGGUGGAGAAGCUGAAUGAGCAGCUGGCUGCGAAGGAACAGGAGCUGGAGCAGCUGCGCGGCACUGAUGAGGAGAAGAGUCGUGCACAUGAU